AUGUUGCCGGUGCAGAAACGGAUGCCAUCCUGGGAUGUUGCAGAAGAAUUCAUGCAGCAAAACCCAGAGGGAUUUCACAUGAGUCCGAAACUGAUGGAAAAGAUGAAGAUAUACGACCAAAAGGUGGCCUGCAUGGAAAUGUUUCAAGCGGCUGGCACGCUGGGUGAAAGCGACAUGAUGCAAUUCGACAUGGUAUCUGCGCUGAAACUCGAACUGGUCAUGGCGAUGGAGGCUGCAAACCGCCCGUCCCUCGCUGGCCUCCGACUUAUGGACGUCUUCUACCUAUCCUCGAUGCGCCUGCCACUAGAUCUACAAGGAGCUGUUGCCAACAUCAUUUCUGUGGCUUCGGGCAGCCAGAAUUCGUUGGGGAGCGACGGAGAACUGCCGGAUCUGCGGCAAGACCCUCCGGAGGACCCAGCCGCUCCGGUUUCUCCCUUUGGUCGGGCCUAUCCAGCCUUUCCGCGUACCAUGCAGCAUUUGAUCCCUCUCCAGGAGAGUUGGCGCCUAGCGAAACAAACGUUCGAGCACGAGUGCAAGAUCUUGAAUCGGAAGCGUCACUAUGGCCUUGAUGAUGAGACCUUCGUCAAACUGUUCUUUGCGUGUGCUGGCUGCAAUGCAAAAGGAACCGCCUGUGAUCCAUGUCACGGAUGUCCGGUGACGAGCAUGUUGCGAUGCCCUAAAUGUGUGCAUGGUGCCGGACUGUUUGGUGUCCCUCCCGUCCUACUCUUCCCC